AGAGCUUGAUCAGGCUUUAAUUCUAGAUCGAUGCAAUCUCUUGUACAGUUUGUUCUUUUCUCCAGAAUACAGCGUAGAAAUAAUUGCAGAUUUUUAUUUUAUGUUACUGUAUUUGUAGAUAACUUUUAAGUGAUUUCCUGAAGUCUGCAGGAGAACUAGGACAUUUAUUUUUAUUUGUUGUCCUUUUUGUUUGCGCGCAUCUUCAGGUUUUGGUGAAAAUUUGGGAGUUCUAAUGUGGCAAGCUAACUGUCGACGAAUGCAUCAUUUGGCAGACUGGGUUUCUGGGACCGUGAUGGGAGGCUGCGUGGGGAGGAGGAGCAGGACUGAUGGACAAGGGAGUACCAGAAGCUUGACCAGGAGCAAAAAACGUGGAGGACGCAAUGAGCCUCUCCGAAAGGAGCGUCCCAAGUGGAAGAGCGAGUACCCGAUGACUGAGGGCCAGUUAAGGAGUAAACGGGAUGAGUUUUGGGACACAGCUCCAGCCUUUGACGGACGGAAAGAAAUCUGGGAUGCGCUCCGAGCAGCAGCCCUCGCUGCAGAAUGCAGUGACCUGGAGCUAGCGCAGGCCAUUGUGGACGGUGCCUGCAUCACUCUGCCUCACGGCUCUCUCACUGAGAGUUAUGAUGAGCUGGGCAACCGCUACCAGCUGCCAGCAUACACUUUAGCCCCUCCUGUCAACCUCAUCACCGAAACAUGCAACGAAAGCAAAGUUGGCGAAUCCACGCAAAAACAAGCGCAGCCUCCUCCCUGCAGGCAAGAGUUCCAGCUGCGUGUGCGACUGUCCACCGGAGAGGAUGUGCGUCUGACAGCCAGCAUGGCCGACUCCAUCGCUGAGUUGAAGAAGCAGCUGGAACAACAAGAGGACAUUGAUGUCUCCCGCCAGAGGUGGUUCUUCUCAGGGAAACUUCUCACUGACAAAACUCGUCUGCAGGAUGCCAAAAUCCAGAAAGACUUUGUUGUCCAAGUCAUCGUCAACGUGAACCCUCCAGUUAUAUCCAACUGAAACAAAGCAAAAGGGCCACAAAGUGGUGGUAUUUAAAUGGAAGCAGGGCUGGACAUGUUUAUGAGAUUUUGUGUACAAUUUUAUAUAUAAGAGAAUUGCUUUUAUAUUGUUCCUUUUUGUAUUUGUUUUCCCUGUUUUUCCAAAGAAAUUAAGAA